CGCAAGAAGCAAGAGGACUUGGAAAUAGCUAUUCUGUUGUAAGCUUCACUUGCAACCUCCAAAAAUAAAACCAAAGUGCCUUUUGUGAAGAACUACAACAGUCAUCUCUUCUGAGCCACCAGAGGAAAUAAAAGCGAAAGAAGUUAAACAGUUAAAGAGUUGAAGAUUUUGUCACAUGUUCUUGUCUGGGUCAAUGUCCACUUUCACUCUGCUGGGACUCUCAAGCUGGUCUUCGUUUGGAUGGUACUUGAAGCAAUGAGCCCACCUGGGAAAAAGCUGAAGAAUGAGAUCUGUGGUCUGAUGCCUGGCUACCUUUAAUCCUGCCUGGCAAGAAAGCAAGGGGAGGGAAGAAACAAAGACAGAAAGAAAGAAUAAAUCCCUGUCAUGCUGACUCACUACCUUUUGAACUGUAAGCUUUGAACUGCGUGCAACAGUUUCUGCACCUUACUGAUGUUUUAUGUUCCCAGCUAGAAAGCAGCUUUGUGUCAUUUCUCAGCCCAUCAGCCUGCAGUAAAUUGUUCCAUGAGCACUAUGAAUGUAAAAGUCAGCUCUGGAGGUGAGGAAGAAGCCUUGGGAAUGAGGAGCAAGACCCUGGGGGAGAGCAGCCGCCCAGGAGACAUCAAAAAGGGACAAGUGAUCCUUGCUGCCUAUGUGAUUGUAACCAUAGAGCUGACCUUCAUCUUCAUGCAGAUAGGAGUCAUGCCUUACUUGGCCAAGAGCAUAGGUUUGGAUUCAGUGGGUUUUGGCUACCUCCAGACAACCUUUGGUGUCCUCCAACUUGUGGGAGGUUCCAUUUUUGGAAGGUUUGCAGAUAAAUUUGGUGGCCGAGCAGCCUUAAUUCUUUCCUGUGCAUCUGGAAGUGCCUUCUUCCUGCUUAUGUCCAUCUCCACCAGCAUCCCCCUCCUCUUCCUCUCCAGGCUGCCAGCAGUGUUCAUGCAUGGGCUACCAGGUGCUCAGAAGGUUAUUACAGACAUGACUACUCCUUCCCAACGUGCUGAUGCUUUGGGGAAGCUGGGUCUUUGCUUUGGAAUAGGCAUCAUCAUCGGCUCUGUCCUAGGAGGUGUCCUCUCCACCAAAUUUGGCAUUUUUGCUCCUAUAUAUGUGGGGCUGGUGGGAAAUCUCAUAAAUACCGUGAUAGCGAUGUUUUGGAUCCCUUUGCAGGCUAAACCAAAGUCAGAUCAUCAUUUGACAGAGCACAGCACAUCACAGUCUGGCAGUGUGUUUAGCAUCAGAGAAAUACUACGCCUGAUGAAGUUUCCGGGAGUAACAGAAGUUUUCAUAGUCAAAGUUUUUGCUGGACUUCCCAUAGGUUUGUUCCUGAUUAUGUUUUCAAUCAUCUCUAUGGAUUUUUUUGGCUUGGAAGCAGUGGAGUCUGGAUACUUGAUGUCAUACUUCGGUGUCCUUCAAAUGGUUGUCCAGGGCCUGGUCAUUGGAAAACUCACUAGCCGCUGCACAGAGAUGACCCUGCUGAAGCUCAGUGUCUUCGUCUUUGCUGGCGUGGGCCUUGGCAUGGCCCUGAUGAGGACUGUGUGGCACUACUGCAUCAUUGCGGUGCCACUGGUGUUUGCCUUCAGUACGCUGGGCACCAUCACCGACAGCAUCCUCACCAAGGCUGUCCCUUCCUCUGAUACUGCAGCAUGUUGGAGAAGUCCAGAGGGAGGGCCCAGCCUUUUAAGAAGAUGGAUUUCUGCUCCAGAAAAAAAAAAAAAAAGGAAAGGGAAAAAAAGCCUCCUCAAUCAUAAGAGCCAGUUUGGCAAUCAUACGUAGUAAUUAGUUUAAUUCAGAUAGCUAAAGGGGAAAAAAUAAUUGCAAAACCUGCCCAGAAAGUUUGGUGGUUGUGGGAUGGUUCCCAUUGGCAAAGGGUCAAGGCGAGGUCCCACCCAUUGCCUUUGUGUUCCCAUGCGCGGGAGGAGCGCUCUGCAGCGCUUCCCGAGAGAUUUCCCUCUCUGUGCAGCUACGCCCUCGGCUCGGGCUCAUUGCACAAAUAUUUUAAGCAUGCUGACAAAAGCCCAGCAGUUGCUGGCUGGCACUACACGAGCACCUGGCUGCCUUUUCUCUCGUAGAGCUGGUGAUCAUUUCCCUGUGGCUACCCACAUUAAAUAUCACACUUGACUCCACAUCUUAUCACACGCAGGACAGCAUCCUCCUCAUCCUUCCCAGAUGCUGCUGGCCUUGUGCGGCAGCGAUGCCUCAGUGAAUGCCUUGGUGGAAAACUGAUGCUAACAUCCUAAAUAAUUGCACUGAUAUUAAAAUAAUACAAUUGCAAACAUAGUUUCGGAGCAGGGCACAAGUUUCUUGCACACGCUGCCAACUUGCCCUUCCUCCUGGUGCUGAGGACUAAUGAUUUUCUGGCUGGUUGGGUAUUUUCUGCUCCCCUGACUGUGAUAGGUGUCCUGCAUGAAGACGGCAUGGUGAAGACCACACCGAGCGCGUGGGGGCCAGUUUUGCAUUCCAUGGGAUGACCUAGCCAUCCGUCUGUGUGUGGAAAAAAGCCUGCCUUUGGCAAACUAGAGGUGCUUCCCCAUCAACUGGGUUCCUGUUAAGGAUGCAAAUGGAGAGCUGCGAGAAGGGGGAACCGGCCCAGCCAGACGAAGGGCUCGCAUUUCCAUCCAAAUGGAAAUACCCGUUCUUUUUGCAAAGGGGGGGGGAAGGAGUAUUUCAAGGGGGUUCAGUCUUUUUCUGUGGUUUUAUUUAUUUAUUCUUAAAUACCUAGUUAGACCUAAGCUUCUCACAACUGCUAAGCCCUCAAGAGCUGUUCUGUCCUACACUAGAGAAUAAGUGGCAAUAGCAGCUUGGGCAGAACAGGGCCCUCUAGGGUAUUAGGCUAUUGGAAGAAUCUGUGUGAUUUGCUUGGAAGUCUCAAUCACAACCCUAGAAAUUACCUGUCCAUCCCUAAACCCAUUCAGUAGUUACCAGUCCUGCUGGGUGCAAGGUUCAAAAGUAUCUUCGGGGGUCAAAGGCAUCCCUGGGCCCUGGUGAAGGCAGCAGUGAGCACUGGCUUCCUUUUUGGGCAGUGUUACAGUUGUCUGGAAUGCUCAGUAAAGAGCUGACCUGGCUCAUGGUAGAAACUAGUCCCCAUGCCUCCCGGAAUCCUUAGCCUUAACAAACCCCAAUUGGACCUCUAUAAAUUAAUGCAAGAGAUUAUUUAAAGUUAUUUGCAUUUGCUACUACUGCAGGAGAACACCAUCAGGGAUGAAGGGGAUCCCUAACACUCUUCUCCACUUUUCCAUCCCAAGACUUGCUCUCACCCUAACAUCUGCGUGUCUCUGC